AUGGCUAAUAUAAAAGCGUAUAUCACCAAUUGUGAUCGUAAUUAUAAAAACAUGAAAAUUGUGUAUGAACUGGCAGGUAAACUUAGUCAAAGCACCAAUAUCACUCCUCAAGAACGAUCUAGUUUUCUAGUUCGAUAUAAGGACAUUGAACGUUUUAGGCAACAAUUUGAAGAAGCUUUUACCAUUAUUAUGUCUAGUCCAGAGGCUAUGAGUGACAAAUCUCGCGAAGAAUUAGAAGUUAGGUAUUCAGCCUUCAUGGACAUGUACUAUUCUAUUCAAGUUUUACAUAGUUCAUUUGAAACAAAAAGUAGCAAUAGUACUCAACAAGUAUCAGUUAAAUCAGAACCUGGCAUACAUCUUCCGAACAUAUCCCUAAGUAGGUAUACAGGUGUGUACACUGAAUGGCCAAAUUUUAUUUCUAUAUUCAAUAGUUUAAUACAUAAUAAUGAUAGCUUGAGCCCAAUUCAAAAAUUGCAUUAUUUGCUGAGUGUUUUAGAUAAAGAACCACUUUCUUUAGUGAAACAUUUAGUAAUAUCUAAUGAGAACUACAAUGUUGCUUAUAAUCUAUUAAUUGCACGCUAUGAAAACAAGAGAGUGAUCGCUGAUAAACAUGUAGAAGCAAUUCUUAACUUACCAACUUUAGCACAGUUAUCUUUAAAAAAUUUAACCAAGUUUGUUUACACUAUAAAGGAAAAUACUCAAGCCCUUAAUGCUCUAAACAUAGAUACAAAAUCAUGGGAUUUUCUUUUACUUCACAUUAUUCUCAGAAAAUUGUCCCUUGAAUUAAGAAGUAAAUUUGAAUCUCAAGUAGAUGCUAGGAGUAUACCAUCAUUUAACAAUUUAAUUACAUUCUUAGAAAAUCAACUAUAUAUUUUAGAAAAUUUAAAUACAUGUACACAUAAGGCUUCUACCAGCAGUUCAUUGACAGUUGUUGAAUCCAAACAGCUUAACAAAAAUAAACCUUAUAUGGUUGUGUGUCCCUGCUGUCAGGAAAAUCAUAGUAUAUACCAUUGUUCCAAAUUUGAUGCAAUGACUCCAGAACAAAGAAAAUCCUUUGUUUAUCAGAAUAAAUUGUGUUUUAAUUGUUUACGGACUCAUCACAUUGCUAAAUGCAUCUCACGUAGUGUAUGUGGAGUAUGUCAUGGCCGUCAUCAUACAAAGCUACACAUCAUGUCUAAUACAGUAAGGCCUAAUCCAACGGAAGAAGUUGCUGUGUCCACAUUAGGCUCCAUCAUGCAACUUCAAUCAAGUAAUGAUGAGCGACAGUUUACUAUGAUAUUGGGUACCGUUUCUGUUUGUGUACGGGAUGUCAAUGGGCAAUAUCAUUCAGCCCGUGCAUUGAUAGACAAUGGUUCCCAAGUUUCUAUUAUAUCUGAAAGUCUUGCUCAGCAGUUAAGGCUACCACGUACACCGUCGAGAUGUGUACUUGGAUUAGGUGCUUCAUCAGCCAAGCAAACUAGAGGUACAAUACAUUGCCAUAUAAAAUCGGUACAUGAUUCCUCCAAAUUCAUUUCUACUGACUGUUUAAUAAUGAAACGUAUAACAGGUAAUCUUCCUUCUGUUGAAGUCAACUCUUGCAUCAUGGAUAAAUGUAGAAAUUUAGUUUUAGCGGACAAAAACUUUUCAGUUCCAGGACAAAUAGAUCUUCUUUUGGGUAUUGACACAUAUAAUCAAAUUCUGGAUGGCAAGCGGUGUAGCCUGGGUGAUGACAUGCCCACUGCACAUUCAUCCUUAUUCGGUUGGGUUAUUAUGGGCAGAGCACCAGCAGCAUCACAGCACUCUUAUAGUGUAAUUUCGAUGGCCUGCACAGGUGAUCCUUUCUUCAAUCUUUCUAGGUUCUGGGAGUCAGAGGAACCUCCCAGCCAGCCUAUACGGGAUCCUGAAGAUAUUCUUUGUGAAAAACAUUUUACUGACACCCACACGAGAGAUGACACAGGUCGUUUCAUUGUACGGUUACCAUUCAAAGUAGAUCACAAGCCUUUGGGAGAAACACACACUACCGCUUUAAAGCGAUUUCAUAAUUUAGAGCGCCGCAUGUUAAAGGAUGACAAAUUGCAUGAAUUAUAUGUAGCCUUUAUGAAAGAUUACAUUGAAGCUGGCCAUAUGCGUGAAGUAUCAACUCCUGUUUCAAGGGAGCGAUAUUACAUUCCGCAUCAUGGCAUACUACGAGAACAUAGUAGCACCACAAAACUUCGUGCUGUAUACGAUGCUUCGGCCUCUAGCUCCACUGGUGUUUCCCUCAAUCAGAUACUUAUGUCUGGCCCCAAACUUCAAAAAAGUAUUGAAGAUAUAAUUUUGCGUUUUAGAAUCCAUAAAGUUGUCUUCACAUGUGACAUAAAACAAAUGUACCGCCAGGUACGUAUGCAUAAUGAAGAUUGUAAAUAUCAAACUAUCUUCUGGCGUGCAUCACCUGAUGAGCCGCUGAAGCAAUAUGAAUUGAUCACAGUAACAUAUGGCGUCACCAGCUCUGCUUUUCAAGCUAUUCGUGUCAUUCAUGAGCUGGCUCACAUAAAUUCCAGCCAGCAUCCUGAGGCUUGUAGAGUGUUGCUAGAGGACACAUUCGUAGACGACGUUGUCAGUGGUUCUCAUAGUUUUGACUCUGCUCAGCACCUGCAACAAGAACUUGUUAACAUUCUAUCUCAAGGCGGCUUUGCUUUACGUAAAUGGUCUAGCAAUUCAAAGGAGUUUUUGGAGUUGUUUGCUUCAGAUCACUGCGAGCCACCUUACCGUUUCGAAGAGCAUGGUGAUAAUGUUUACAAGAUUUUGGGCAUCGAGUGGAACGCAAAAACUGACAGUUUCAUUUAUCGUGUUUCAAAUAUUAGCGACGUCAUGACAAUGCGUGGUGUACUUUCUAAUAUUGCCAGACUUUACGAUCCAUGUGGAUUCCUUGCGCCUGUCACUUUCUAUGCAAAGCACAUCAUGCAACAAUUGUGGGCAAGUCAGUGUGGAUGGGAUGAUCCUCUUCCUCCUGCCAUACAGGAAAGUUGGUCAGAGCUAAUUUCAAAUUUUCAUCAACUCGAUAAAGUAUCGAUACCACGUUGGGUAAUCACUAAUCAACCAUUGGUUUGUCAGCUACACGGUUUUAGUGAUGCGUCUGAACGCGGAUACGCUGCGUGUGUCUAUCUGCGCGUCCAGAAUGCUCAUGGUAUUUCGACUCAACUAUUACUCGCAAAAUCGCGUGUAGCACCUCUUAAACAAAAACUUACCAUUCCAAAAUUGGAAUUAAACGGUGCACUUUUACUUAUACGUCUUACAAAACACGUAUUUGACAUCUUAAAUGUCAAAGUCAAAAUUAGUAGUGUUGUUGCUUGGUGCGAUUCAAGUAUAGUUCUUUCAUGGCUUAAAACUUCUCCUCAUAAACUUCAAACGUAUGAGGGUAAUCGUGUAUCCCAGAUUCAAAAUCUGUUUCCCGAUGUUACAUGGAAGCAUGUACCGUCCAUGAUGAAUCCAGCUGAUCCAGCCAGUCGAGGUCUCAGUCCUGCUGAAUUAGUUGAUCAUCCUUUAUGGUGGUGUCCAAAAUGGCUUGAGCUGGACGACUCAACAUGGCCAGAUAACAUUCCUGACCUAAGUGAAGCGGAAUUACCUGGCAUGAAGUCUUCACCGUUUGAAGUCUAUGUGACUCAGACGGUUGAUGAAUUUCCUGCUCUUACAAAAUUCAGCUCGUUUCCCAAGUUACAGUCUGUGGUAGCUUGGUGUAAGCGCUUUAUUUACAACCUGCGUAACUAUUCUCAACGAAGAACUGGACCUCUUAGCGUAUGCGAGUUGAGUGCAAGCACGCACACUAUUGUCCGGCUAGUUCAGUCUUCGGAGUUUUUGGAAACUUCUAGAAGGUUACGUGAGGACAAACCUCUCAAGGGUUGUCUUUUAAGGCUCAACCUAUUUCUUGAUCAGGACGGCCUUAUUAGAGUUGGUGGAAGACUUAUCAACUCAAAUUUACCCUACAACGCAAAGCAUCCGCUUCUACUUCCAAAAACUCACCAUAACGUAACUCAGCACAUUAAAAAUUCACAUGAAGAAAUUCACAAACAUUUAGCACGUCAACAAGUAGUUUGGCAUUUGAAUCCUCCCGCCAGUCCACAUAUGGGCGGUUUGUGGGAAAGCGCCGUGCGCUCUGCCAAGAUUAUUUUAACUCGAGUUAUCGGCGAUCGCUCACUGGUUUUCGAAGAAUUAGCUACCAUUUUUGCCAAGGUUGAAGCUGCAUUAAAUUCGCGUCCUUUAGUCCCUAUAACUAAUGAUUCAAACGAUUUGGAUGUUCUAACACCGGGCCAUUUCCUCAUCGGUAAACCCCUUCAGGCAUUGCCUGAGGAGGAAAUGACAGAAUCUAAUCUUUUAAAACGAUGGCAAUUAGUUCGUCAAAUAACUCAGCAUUUUUGGAAACGUUGGCAAACCGAAUACCUUCACACAUUGCAACAACGACCCAAAUGGCUUGCUAGGCUACCUAAUGUCCAAGUAGGUGAUUUGGUCUUGCUAAAGGAAUCCGCUUUGCCACCGCUUCGAUGGAAGACAGCCCGCGUAACAAGGGUUUAUCCAGGUUCUGACGGCACUGUUAGGGUGGUUGAAUUAAAAACUUCAGCUGGUAGUCUACUUCGUCCAGUAACUAAAAUUUGCCCGUUAUUAUGCCAAGCCUAA